AUGCUGAACAGCUCUUACCUAAGACGGCAUAAUGAAGUUGUCAAAUGUCUACAUUUGCAUUUAUGCUGCCAAUACGGGAUAAGAAAAACGAAGAAAUUAAAAAUUCACUCAGUUCAAUCUGUUGUCGCCAAUGAAGUUGUGGAAAUUCGACUGGACACAACUAUUCCUACGGAUACGGCUGUUUCAAACAAUAAACCAGAUAUUUUUGUCCAUGACAAGAUAAAGAAUACAAUUACACUCAUUGAAGUUGGGAUUACUUCACAAAAUUGCCUAAAGCAAGUUGAAGUGGAAAAGUUCCACAAAUAUGAUUUUUUGGCAAAUGAAUUAGGGGUGAUUCAUCGGGCUAAAGUGAAGAUAAUUCCUGUUGUACUUACAUGGGAUGGAAUUGUCUCAAGAUUCUUCAAAAGUCAUCUGGAUUCUAUCGCAGUGGAAGACAGAGUGAAGGCAUAUAUCCAAACACUCGUUUUAAGAAAAACAUUGGAGAGUAUGUAG